UGAUGGAGGGGAGGAAGGGGCUCCCAGCCCACGCUUUCCUUCAGCGAAGCCUCGAGUCGCGGGCUGGAGGAUGCUGCGAGCGUCAGCGCCUCCUCGCCGCUGCAGCACGGGUCGGGCUGAGGGAGACGUGGCGACACCCGGAAUCUGUACGCAGCGAGGGUGGUUGAGAGGCGGAGACCGGGCGGCGGAAAGUGCUGGAGGGAACCCAGCCAUCAGUGGCUGCGCCUGCCUGAGGGUGUGCUUCCUGCCUUGUUUCGCCCUGGUCAUGCAUCUGUCACGGCCAGCCAGCCAAGCCCAGGAUCCCAAACUGUCCAAGGUUGCAUCAUUUUUCUGGAAGGCAUCCCAUUAUUGUUCCAUUGACCUUUCUCUCAUUCCCGAGCCCUCUGGAGUUAUGUCAACAGCUGCCUUACUUACUUUGGUAAGAAGUGGUGGGAACCAGGUGAGGAGGAGAGUGCUGCUCAGAGCCCGCGGUCUGCAGGAUGACAGGUGGGUGACGCCCACGUGCCACAGCUCCACUUCAGAGCCGAGAUGGUCUCGCUUUGAUUCUGAUGGUAGUGGCCGACCAGCCACCUGGGAUAAUUUUGGCAUCUGGGAUAACCGCCUGGAGGAGCCAAUUCUGCUGCCCCCCAGCAUUAAGUAUGGCAAGCCAAUUCCCAAAGUCAGCUUGCAGAACGUGGGCAGCGCAUCGCAGAUUGGCAAACGGAAAGAGAAUGAAGACCGGUUUGGCUUUGCUCAGCUGACCAAUGAGAUCCUGUACUUUGCGGUGUACGAUGGCCACGGUGGACCUGCAGCGGCCGAUUUCUGUCACACCCACAUGGAGAAAUGCAUCCUGGAUUUGCUUCCUAAGGAGGAGAACUUGGAAACUGUGUUGACCUUGGCUUUUCUUGAAAUAGAUAAAACCUUUGCAAGGCACGCCCACCUAUCUGCUGAUGCAACGCUUCUGACCUCUGGGACUACUGCAACAGUAGCCCUAUUGAGAGAUGGUAUUGAACUGGUUAUAGCUAGUGUUGGGGACAGCCGAGCUAUUUUGUGUAGAAAAGGAAAACCCAUGAAGCUGACCAUUGACCACACUCCAGAAAGAAAAGACGAGAAAGAAAGGAUUAAGAAAUGUGGGGGGUUUGUAGCUUGGAAUAGUUUGGGACAGCCUCAUGUGAACGGCAGACUUGCAAUGACAAGGAGUCUCGGAGAUUUGGAUCUUAAAACCAGUGGUGUGAUAGCAGAACCUGAAACAAAGAGGAUUAAGUUACAUCAUGCUGAUGACAGCUUCCUGGUCCUCACUACAGAUGGAAUUAACUUCAUGGUGAACAGUCAGGAGAUUUGUGACUUUGUCAAUCAGUGCCACGAUCCCAAUGAAGCAGCCCAUGCAGUGACUGAACAGGCAAUACAAUAUGGUACUGAAGAUAACACUACUGCAGUAGUAGUGCCUUUUGGUGCCUGGGGAAAAUACAAGAACUCUGAAAUCACCUUCUCAUUCAGCAGAAGCUUUGCCUCUAGUGGACGAUGGGCCUGAUUGCUUGCUGGGACUUGGAGUUUCUGUGCUACAGUUUUUCACUGAGUGUAUCAAGAAACUGAUUAGAUUUAAAAAGUCAACCGUAAGUGGUGACCCUAGAACUCACUAGACCAGUACAUAAAUCAACAUAAACUUAGUAACCAUCUACAUAGUAGUUUUUCGUAAGUACCUGUGAUAUUUAUGUUCAGCUAACUGUAUAUACUCGGCAUAAAUAUGUGGAAUUCAGAUACUGUGAGUGAGCCUCUGAGUUGAGUGAGCAAAUGAAACAUAGUUUUGAUACAUUUGUUGAGUGUUAAAUUUCUAAUUUUUAAAACUUUUAGGCAGCUGUGAGCUUCUUUUGAUCAUUUCUAGUCUUCAUUCAUUUGACCAGGUUCUUGCCUUAAGUUCUUCAAAACUAGUCAAUAUUUUGAUGGCUACUCAAUGUGUUAUCUGCAAGUGUUUACUAUAUUUUGUAUUCUGCAUCACUUGCUGGUGAACUUAACGUAUUGUUAAGAAAUUAAUUCGGCUAACUUAACACUGUUAAAAUGUAUACAUAUGUACUACAGUGCACUUACAUAUUUCAGCUGUGUCACCAGGUCUCUCCUAUGUGCUUCAGUCAUGCCUGACUCUUUGUGCCCCUGUGGACUGUAGCCCUCCAGUCUCCUCUGUCCAUGGGAUUCUCCAGGCAAGAAUGCUUGACUAUGUUGGCAUGCCCUCCUCCAGGGGAUCUUCCCGACCCAGGGAUCGAACCUGUGGCUCCUGCAUUGCAGGCAGAUUCUUUACCUCUGAGACACCAGGGAAAUCCCAGGUCUCUCUUGCCCCCACUCAGUUCAUUCCUGUUUUUCUGUAGCUAAUAUAUAGCUGUGACUAUUCAUUCAUAUCAGAAAAGAAUGUCCAAUAUAAGAGUUCUUUGGUCAAAGCUAUACAAAGUACAUCUGAUAGUAUCAGGUAUUUUGUAUGAAGUUUCUAUUUGUUAUCUCUAAUCCUAAGUUUUGUGUUUUGUAUAUAGUCUGUUUAUAUCACUUUUUGUAUACAAGUUGGAUAAUUUGUCCUUAAAGAUAAUCCCACAUUGACUGCUAAUUGCUACAGACAUAGCUUAAGGUUUAUGUCUUCUUUUUCUCAGACUCAUAAGAAAGAAUAAAUCCUAAAGCAUUAUCUAUUUCAGCUUGCUAUGUAAUUUAGGGGUAUAAAACUAUAUUUCCAUAUAUCUCUGUGUAAGUUUACUGUUAAAAUGUGAAUCCCUAAAUAUGUGUAUGGAAUUAUAUCAGCAGUUUAUUUCUGCAGACAGUGUAAAUUUGUUAUAUGCAGGUGUAUGUACAUAUGUAUAUUUUGGACUAAUGGAAAAUGAAAGGGAACAAUCUUUCAUAGCUCCUUCACCAGUUAGCUGUAGAUUAUUGAUACAUUUAUCUCUAACAACUCUUGACAAACUGAGGGAAGUUUUGUAGUGGAGAACCAAUGGUUACUGGCAGAUAGGUUAAAAAUUAUUGUAGGAGAUAUUUUGUGGUUGGUAACUUAUGUGGAAAAACCUAGGAACAGAACCAGCAUGUUGAAGCUACAUUGUUAUAUGGUAAUUUGCAUAUAAAAUAAUAGGAUGUGAGAAGAAUGCUUAAAUGUUAAGAAAGAUGUGGAGUUUUUGUUGUAGAAACAAAAGAAACACCAAAACUUUAAAGUUGAUAUAAUUUAAACUCUUAGUUUUCCGGUUGAUGUUUUUUUCUUCUUUAAGUUUUACUCAAGGCUUAUAGAAGGAAGAGGGCACAAUAUAUUCACAUUUUCUCACCUUUUGGGGAAUGGAAGAAAAUAAAUCUUGAGCUUUCCUGUCUGUAUUAGUUAGGAAUUGUCCUUUGGAAAAAAGGGUAUGGAAAUUUUUCAAGUUUUCUUUUUUUUUUUUUUUAAGGAAAUUUGGUAAAAGAAAGGAAAAUAUUACAAGAAAGAAUAUGGUCUUCUAUUCGUUGCUUGGAAAGUGAGGAACCAAAAUGGUCUAAGAAGGCUGGAAAACUUUCUUGCUUUUUCUGUAUAGGGUCCUGGGACAUAAACAUGGAGGCUACAUUUAGGAGUAUGAAGGGUUUCCAAAUUAGGAAGCUAACAGAAACUCUGAAGCACAGGAUGACCUCCUAAAAAUGUAGGUUUUAUUUUUGUUUUGAAUUCUUCACUUUGCUAUUCCUCUAUUUUACUUUAAAAAAACAGGGGUGGAAGUGAUGUUGUCAAGUUCAGAGGUCUAAGAGUCACUGAUCCAUUGGGUGGAUUGCCAACUGUGACAAAGAAGAAUUUGUAGACUACAUAGGCCUUGGUCUGAGGUGGAGUUUGCUCUGAUCCACCUGAAAGUUUUUAAAACCUGAAACCAGUCAGCUUUGACUACAGCAUAAAAACACACUGAUAUUUGUUUUUUAAGCCACGAUGUUGAAGUACAACUUUUAGAUUAUUGUAACCCACAAAAGAUAAGCAUACAUGUAUUAGGCUUCUAAGUCUAUUACUGAAAAUUAUGCAAAUAAUGGAACAAAAAGACUGUUCUAAAUAGUUUUUUUAGUUAUAACUGUGAAUUUGCCAUGUGGCUAUUACCAUGUGGGUAUCGGUAUGGUGUAAAUUAUAUUAAUGUAAUUAAACUUAAAUCAAUUGUAUUUAUGUUUACCUUUCAUUUAUAUGUAGUAUAUAAAUCAUCUUUUUAAAAUGUGUUGCCAAACUCUAUUUGCCAUCAUUGAUUUGGCAAAAUAUUCUUAAAAUCAUUGUGAUUUUCCACAAGUAUAAAUUAAGUACCUUAUAUAUUCAAGUGUAAAUAGAAUCCUGCUUUCUAUCAACCAUUUGCUACAGACCCUUGUGUUAAGUUCUUCAAAGUUUUAUGCAUUUUUUUCUAGAGAAAAAAAGAGUUUCGGUGGAAUCAGUUUUGAAUUUCUAUACUCUAUAAUGGAAACAUUUCUCAAGUUCCAUUUAAAAAAUUACUUACUUUAAAGAAUUGUUAGCAUGUAAUUUAAAUAGAAAUUAUUUUUUCAAAGUUGAAUUUUAUUUUUUUAAUGAAUCUUGGCAGAGAAUGAGUAGGCCUAUGGUAACUUUUCAGUAUCAAACAGGAUAUUUAGUUUCCUUGCAAAGAAUGGACAAGGAUUAAAUUUCAUGGUAAUAUGAUAGACAAUAAGACAAUGCUUCAAGGUGGGGUGAGGGAAGGGAUAGUCAAAGUUUAGUAUUGAACCCUAAAUACAAACACUUACUUGUAUUUUCUUUUAGCACUUCAUUUGUUCAUAUACCUGCAUCUGUGGAAAGUGACAUAAAAUCUUGGUUGGGUUACAUUUUAUUGUAUUUACUAGAUUGACUUCUCUGGAUGAGUUCAACAGAAAUAAAAACUCAUGUCUUUAGAAGCCAAACUGUGAUGGUCUGCCCGUUGCUUUUGGCAUCUGGAAUGAGACUGCCUGACUCUCUGGCAGCUCCCCUUGGUUGUUAGAUUGUUGAAACGGCCCACUGAUGGUCCUAUUGAGCGUUCCAGGCUGUGAAAUCAUCAUGUUGUUCCAUCUCCAAGAAUGACUCAUCCUUCACUGGAUUCCUGUAUAGAAUUUAACACCUUGCUGUGUCCCAAAUUAAGUUCUGCCAAAGUGCUCUUGUGUACAUUGGUUUUAUAAUUUACUAAAGUACUAAUUGGGUGUAUAGCACUUCUGUAGUAUGUUGAUAUAAUUGCUGCUUUGACCAUUGUUUUGAAAGUAUGAAUUAUAAUGACUGUAAGCAUACUAAAAUCACAUAACAGUGUUUAAAACCUUUAAAUAAAGUACAUGCAUUAAACACUUUUAAAAUC